AGAUCGAAGAUGUUCGGCAGCCAAUGCUCAUUGGAGGUUUUGAUGAGCCUCCAAAAAGACGCGAAAAGGUCACUAGAAAGCCCCCAAUACCGCGAGGAUUGACAUCCUCCAAGGCGAGCUCCCAACGACCCACGGGUAACGCUCCAUCCACCUCUCGUAGUGACCCAAAGGGGGCCGUCAGCAAUCCGAGGGCUCGCCAGCCUACGCAACCAUUAGUACGACAAAGGGAUCAAAAAGAUUCAGCAAGUACUAGUGUAUCUCGCAAACCAGCGUUACCUCCGCGUUCGGCAUCAACCAUAGCCCAUACUGUGCCAGAUGCGCUCGUGAUUUCUGCACAACUGGCUCCUUGGCUGUUCAUGCGUGCCUCAGUAGAAGGGACGGUAGAACAAUUGGAGCUCGAGACAGAGAACCUUAUCAACCAAGAGAAGGCAUCUUUGUUCGAAAUAGAGAAGCACAUUCGAUUACAGAGACAAAGGCUCGAAAUUUCGGGACAAGUUGAAAUUUUGGAGGAUUUAUGCCAUCCAGAGAACAAGACCUUUGCAACUCAAAUCAUCAACCUCUCUUCGCUUUUGUCGACGUUUCUCUCGAGUACCAAAGGGAUAUCCCACUUGGAUACCCUCCGCGACUUGGUACACAGUCAUGAAUGGAAUCCCCAGGGCAGAGCGCUCAGAAAAUCGUUAGAAGCACUGAAAAGGUCGCUAGAUGUCCCGGCUUCCAGCCAUAAGCCAAUUCUUAAAUCCGAGAGAUGGGCCGACCUUUUCAAACAAUGCGAUAUCCUGCUUGAGACACGUCUCUCUAACCUGCAAAAGCUAGUUCGACUCGUUCCGGUUGUUCAAGAACAUCAAAACCGCAGAAUGGAUCUAUCCGUGAUGAACAUGGCAUUAUCGACCCAACGACUGGAAUAG